CUCAUCCAAAGCGGUAGUUCCUAAGUAGACACACCACCAUUGUCGUAUUCGCAAUGGCGGAAAUAAUUAAUAAGUUGUGCACCAUCAUACUCAUAGUUCGCUAUGUAACAGCAGAAGUAAAUGAACGCUACUACCCGCGCUACCAUUUAGCACCACCGCACGGAUGGAUGAACGAUCCCAAUGGAUUUAGCAUAUAUAAAAACGACUACCACCUCUUCUAUCAAUACAACCCAAACUCCAGCUUAGAACCUGGCAUUGCUCACUGGGGACAUGCUAAGAGUAAGGACCUUUUCCACUGGGAACAUCUUCCCAUUGCGAUGUAUCCAGACCAGGAUUAUGACAAAUCAGGAGUGUUUUCUGGAAGUGCUGUAGUUGACGCCGACAACUUGAUCUUGCUAUAUACUGGCAAUGUGAACCAUCCAGGAGAAGAUCCUGACCAUGAACAGCACCAAGCUUUGGCAUCAAGCAGCGAUGGAGUAAACUUUACAAAAUAUAGCAACAAUCCAGUCAUUCAAGGUGAAGAACAUCAGCCAAACUUCAGAGAUCCAAAAGUCUGGAAACACAAUGAUACGUAUUACAUGGUUCUAGGAAAUUCCUUCCAGAAUAAUACUUUGGGUCGAGCUCUUCUUUAUGCGUCAAAAGAUUUGAUAUCCUGGAAACAAGUGUCGAUUUUAGAUGAAUCUGAUGGAUCUCUUGGUUACAUGUGGGAAUGCCCAGAUUUCUUCGAUCUACGAGGCCGGUAUGUUUUACUUUUCUCACCGCAAGGUAUUAAACCUCAGGGUGAUAAGUACAAAAAUUUAUAUCAGACCGGAUACAUUGUUGGAGAUUUUGAUUACAAAACAAAUUUGUUUACUCCCGUAACUGAGUUUAGAGAGUUAGAUCACGGACAUGACUUUUACGCUACACAAACAAUUGUUGACAAGUCGCAUCGCAGGAUAAUGGUCGCUUGGUUUGAUAUGUGGGAACAGAAUUAUCCCGAGAGGACUGAUGGCUUUACUGGAUUUAUGACUAUACCACGUGUUUUGUCCCUAACAAGAGACGGACGUCUUAUACAAAAACCUGUGAAAGAAAUCGGUACAGCGAGGGGUAAGCUGUUACGUUCUGGUAAAGCUGAUAGGGGUGCGGCUGUAACUUUGACUGAUAAAGCUGGUGAAAUCAAAAUAAAGGCUGAAGGUAACAAAGAUUUAGAAGUGAUAAUUGAAGCAUCAAAUGCUACUGUAACGUUGUCUUACAAUUAUACCGAUGGAAGAGUGUCAUUAGACCGUGGUGGUGCUGAUGGUCUGCGUCGUACUAAGUGGCGCCCGCGUGGCAAGCUCCGCUGGUUAAUUUAUGUAGACGCUAGUUCAGUGGAAUUGUUCUGCGGUGAUGGAGAAGUGACCUUCUCCAGCAGAUUCUUCCCCGAUGGACCGACAGCGGUACGCUUGGGUGAUGAAAGUGAUGUACAAGAAUUUGUCGUAAAUGCCAUGAAGCGUACAGUUCUUAAACCUCCCAAGGGUAAUUGAAGAAAAUUAUGAUUACCCACCUUGUUGUAGUACCACGACAGCUGUAUUUAUUUAUUAUAUUUUUACUAAGUAUUUUAAAGACAGUUUUCGUUAAUUGUUUGGCAAACACAGUGAGAUAUUUUUAGUCAAAUUAUUACUUCGUCGUACAAGAAUGUUAUUGAUUGUGUAUUAUUUGAGUAAUCUACGAAUAAAUAGUAAUUAUGAGUAAUAAAUUCUGUUAAGAAAUAAAUUAUAACAAUGAAGCUCUAAAAAUAAUGUGACACUCUAUAUUGACGAGUCUUUGAGUUUGAACCGAGGUUGCAAC